CCAAAGACCCUCCUUCUAUCUCUCAAUAGAAAGUGAGGUAGUGCGUGUUCCUUAAACCGAUGGCGAAUCUUCCCCAAUCGCUCUCCAUGAACGCGCCGUUUGGGGGUCCGAGCGCGUCGGCCCCGAGCGGCGCCGGAGCUCCGGCGACUAAGGACCGGAAAAUGGCCUCGGCCGAGCACUUGGUUCUCGACCUCAGUAACCCUGAGCUCCGUGAGAACGCCCUUCUCGAACUCUCUAAGAACAAGGAAUUAUUUCAAGAUUUGGCUCCUUCACUGUGGAAUUCUUUUGGUACUAUUGCUGCACUUAUACAGGAGAUUGUUUCAAUAUACCCUGUUUUAUCACCGCCAAAUCUAACUCCUGCACAGUCGAAUCGAGUUUGCAAUGCUCUUGCACUUCUUCAGUGUGUAGCCUCUCACCCGGACACAAGGAUGUUGUUCCUCAAUGCUCAUAUACCAUUAUAUCUGUACCCCUUCCUUAAUACAACAAGCAAGUCAAGACCAUUUGAAUACUUGAGGCUGACUAGCUUAGGUGUCAUUGGUGCCUUGGUGAAGGUUGAUGAUACAGAAGUUAUUAGUUUCCUUCUCUCGACAGAGAUAAUUCCGCUGUGCCUUCGCACUAUGGAAAUGGGCAGUGAAUUGUCAAAAACAGUUGCAACGUUUAUAGUUCAAAAAAUUCUGUUGGAUGAUGUGGGCUUGGAUUAUAUUUGUACCACAGCAGAACGGUUUUUUGCAGUAGGUCGAGUUUUGGGGAACAUGGUUGCAGCCCUUGCUGAACAACCAUCGUCCCGACUGUUGAAACAUAUUAUUCGUUGCUAUCUUCGAUUGUCCGAUAAUGCAAGGGCUUGUGAUGCGUUAAGAAGUUGCCUUCCGGACAUGUUAAGAGAUGCUACUUUCAGUAGUUGCCUUCGUGAAGAUCCCACCACAAGGAGGUGGCUGCAACAGUUGCUUCACAAUGUUGGAGUAAAUCGGGUUCCCACACUUCAGGCCGGUGGAUUUGAUCAUAUGAUGGUUAACUAAUUUAAAUUAUGCCAUGUUAUUAGACUUUUCAUAUUUUGUUUUUUGUUUUUUGUUUUUUAAUUUCUUUUUAUUUUUCCUGCUGUAGACUGGCAGUAGGAAGAGUGGCUAAUCUAUCUUUUUAAUUCAAUUUAAUGGCCCUAAUUGGCAAAGUUUGCUUCUUGUAAUUAGUGAUGCAUCUAAAAUUACUUCUGCAGUAAUGCAGAAACCAAUCUGAUUGUCGAAUCAUCUGUAAGCCAAUGAUUUCUUAUGUGUAGUUUCUAGUGAAUUCUCUCUUGCCCCCAGCCCCUCCAUUGAGAAGUUAUGCUGGUUGCCUGUUUGAUUUCAGCCAGUUGAGUUAACUGCAAUUAUGCUUCCCCCGUGGAAAUAUUUAUUUAUUCUCUUUCCUC